AUGGUGAAAUAUGUUUAUAAAUGGCCUAAAGAUAUUUCAAAUAAUAAAACAAUAUCAUCAAAUAAUGUAUUUAAAGAAAUUGAUAAUCGGUAUUGCGGUCAAGAUAGAUGUCGAUUUUUGUUACCUGUUUACAUUUCUGAACAAGAAUCAAAAGCUCAGCUUCAUUUUCGACAAAUCGCUUUUUUAGCGGGUAAAUUAGGUAGAACAAUUGUGCUCCCUAAUGUUCAUAAUUCACAUCUUGGAUCAUGUUUACCUCAUCCAUUUCGAUUCUAUUAUGAUCAGUCAUGGCUGGAUAAUAAUAAGGAGCAUUUUAAGUAUAUAACAAUGGAAGAUUUUAAAGAAUGGGUUCUUGAACGGCGUUUUGCGGGUGCAAUUCCGACUGCACAAGAAAUCUUUUUACAAGGCGUUCGAAAAUCUAGAUUAAUGGAAAAAGCUAAAAAUUGUUUCCAAUCUUCAUUCGACUUUUCCAAUAGACCUAUUGUUGGCUAUCAAGUACCAGACCAUCACAAUCCCUUAGAUUUAAAUAUAACAAAUAUCUUCGUUAAUCUUUUAAGUGAUGAAGCAAGAGAAUAUGAAUAUUUUACUUAUAAGGAUCAAUUAUCCCCUAAUGAAGAGGACCAUGGAAUAAAUAAUAAUAAAGCAACAGAUUUACUUUCUUCCUCAUCACCACCACCACCAGUCGAUGUCAUUAACUUGUUUUAUGAUAGAAGAUACAAAUUUAUUGAGGAUCAGGAUGCAAAUAUUCCUUUACCUUACAAUCAAAAAUGGGUAGAGAUUGCGGAUAAAAUAUCUUCUCAACUAAAACCAUAUGUUGCAAUUCAUUGGAGAAUGGAGACGCUAAAACCUGUAUCCAACUUAUUACCAUGCGCAAAAGAUUUAAUUGAUAAAAUUAGUCAACUUACAAGUCAGAAGGCACCUAAUGUGUUUUUACUAACUGAUUAUCCUCAUUUAUUAAAUACAACUGGUGCAAGACCUGAAUCUAGUUCUUUUAAUGCUAAACAACUAGUGUCUGAACAUCAUGAAGCCAUUCAAUAUCUUUACGAGCAUACAAAUAUCACAUUAACAUCCAUAAAUAAUGGCAAAAUUCCUUAUGCUGAAUUACCAUCACAGAAUUGGCAUAUCUUACCUAUUAAUGCUACCUCAUCUGAAGAUAACUUACCAUUAGAUCGAAGUGUACUUGGUAUUGUCGAUAAAUUAGUGGCCAUGAACGCUCAGUGGUUUUUUGCUGGUCGUCCAGGGGUUUGUGCUAAAGCAAGUAGCUUUACAGGUCGUAUCUCACACAGUCGUUUAGAUGCAUUUAUGAAAGGAGACAAAAAUGUAAUUAUUCCUAUCAAGACAUUUGAUAUCAAAAAAGAAGAAAACUGA